AUGGACCCAGCAGCCGACGUUACCGCGCCUCCAGCAGCACCGGUCCCUAAACCUGCAUUUUCUGAGACCAACGGCGUUAUAGACACGAUAGGCGCAUUCUACGACCUUCAAAUCCUCAGCCUGGUCGAUGAGGAUCACGGGACAUCCGUGGACCAGGAGUUAUCGUCAUAUUUUGAUGACGGCGCUUUCAUACAUUGCACACCCAGCUGCAUCCGCGCCGACCCUAUUUUUGUUGCACUCGAUGACUUGACUCCGCCAGCACUGACCCUGGCAUUUGUAACCGCGUGCCAGCGAAGUACAAAGGGCGUCGAUGGUGUCGAGAUCCUCGCCGACUGCUCGCUUGUGACAGCGCCAGGCUCAGGCCCUGCUUCAGCUCCUGUGUCAGCGACAUCAGCGGUAACACAAGGUAGUAAUGGUGGUGGUGGCGGAGGCGGAGGCGGAGCGGGUUCUACUAGCCAAGAUCGGAUCACGACCACCAAUGCUGAUGGAGAAACUGUUAUUGUUGCCCCAAGUGUGACCAACGGCGGCGGAGGGGGAAGUAGAGACAAUCUCUUUACCACGAUAAAUGACGCAGGACACACCGUCAUCGCCACUGGGGCUCCAGAAGGGAAUCAAAUCACUCUUACAGAUUCGGGUGGUUCCACUAUCAUUAUUCUGGAUGGAAGUCUGGUAUCUCCUGGAUCUGGGAACGGAAUUACUGCUACGGAUGAGCGUGGUUCGCUAAUGGUCAUCCAGGGGACCGCAACUAGCACGGUAGUCGUUGUUUCAGGCAGAGAAACAGUCCUCGUUGAUGGUACAACGACACAGACGGGCUGGGUUUCAGGUUCUACUAUGACAGUCUCAACUGGUGGUGGUGGGAGUGGCAACGCGGCGCCCACAGUACAGAAUGAGGCAGGGCUGAGACAGUAUUCAAUCUCCCUCAUUGCUUCCUGUGCACUGGGCAUUGCAAUAGGUCUCUUUGCUCUCAUGCUAUGA